AUGUCUCGAAAUAUUUCUGAAGCUGCUAGAAAAUUUUUAUUGCUAGGUCAAUGUAUUCCUACUGUUAAACAAAAUGCUACAAAAAUUCGAGUGAAGAGGUUAGAAUUAGAUGAAAAUUUGUUAAUGUACUUCAGAAAAGAUGAAUUUUAUUACUGUCACGACCCGAACAAGAAAUGUAAAACUGGAGAUAUUGUACUUAUACAAGCCUUGCCAAAGAAAUUGACAAAACUAAUAACACAUGAAGUCAAAGAAGUAGUUUAUCCAUUUGGAGAUGUAACCGAUCCCGUUACUGGAAAAAAAGUAGCUAAAGAAAGAUAUAGAGAAGACAUUGAAAGACAGACCGAAAUAUAUGGAAAAUUAAAAUCAAGUUUCGAUUAUAAAUCUGCACCUCCAAGAGGAUGGCAAGAUGGAAAGAAAGACUUUACAUCUAAACCAACAUAUACCAAAUUUCAUGUUUUUGAUGAAAAUAAUGAUCCUUAUGCAAUU